AGCCUAAAUGCCUCAAAUAUAUUUAAUUUAUAUUUUAAUAUUUAUAUACUUUAUUUUAUUAUAAAUUCUUCAUAUAAUAUAUCUAAGAAUAUAUACUAUUCUAUAAGAAAUAAAUAUACUAAACAAUCUUUAGAUAUAGAUACUACGGUCCCCUCCCUCGACGAGGAAGGGCGAAGUAUAAUAUAUGGUUCUUUAUUAGGUAAUAGUAUUGUUAAUAAAUGUAUUAAUACUGAUAAAUCUAGAAUAACUUUUUAUCAAGAAUCUAGUCAUAAUAAUUACUUAUUAUAUUUAUAUAAUUUAAUAAAUAAUAAAGGUUAUUGUAAUAAUAAUAUACCUAAGAUAUUAACUAAAUUAAGUAAGCAUGGUAAGAUAAUAAAAUAUAUAAGAUUUAAUACAUUAUGAAAUAAUCAAUUUAAUACUAUAUAUGAUAAAUGAUAUUUAUCUAGUAAUACUAAAGUUAUACCUAAAGAUAUGAAUAUUUAUCUAACUCCUUUAGCUAUUGCUAUUUGAACUAUGGGUCAAGGUAUUAAACAUAAUAAAGGUUUAUUAUUACCUAUAAAUUCAUUUAGAUAUAAUGAUUUAUUAUAUUUAACUAAUAUUUUAUAUAAUAAAUAUAAUAUAUUAUGUAUUAUAGAAUCAAAUGGUAAAGUAAAUCAAUAUAAUAUAUAUAUAUUACCGGAGUAUAUACCUAACUUAUAUCUAUUAAUAAAAUCUUAUAUUAUACCUAGUAUGAAGUAUAAAUAUAUAUAA